ACUUUUUCCUUCUCCGAAAAAAAAUUAAGACCCUCGUCAUUACUCUCUUUUGCGUCUUUCGUCAAAACCUAGAGCCUCACUCUUCUCUCUCUCCACAGUAGCAGAUCUCUCUCGGUAACCAGCUCUUAUCUGCUCCUUCUCUCUCUAUCUCGCCUCUUAGCUCUUCUCCGAACCCCUCUGAUCCCAUUCUCACAAAGCCUCUAUCUCUCUCUCCCUCUCCCUCUCCCUCUCCCCUCUUCCCUGUCAAGCCAUUUAGCUCUUCAGAAGUUCGCGAGUAGGCCCCAGACACAGGUCAUGCAUAAUACACAAUUAAACUAGAUAUGGAGCAAAGAUUAGCAAACAUCUGGCGCAUGAGUGUCAAUGAGAAGAAGUUCAUUGAAAAUGCUUUACUUUCAGACCACAGAGUUGAUGGACGCCGCCCAUUUGACUAUCGUCGACUAUCUCUGAAGUUCGGGAGCGAUGAUGGUACAGCAGAGGUGCAGCUUGGGCAAACUCAUGUUAUGGGGUUUGUGACUGCGCAGUUAGUCCAACCUUAUCGAGAUCGACCCAAUGAAGGCACAUUUUCGAUAUUCACUGAGUUUUCUCCCAUGGCUGAUCCUUCAUUUGAGCCAGGGCGCCCAGGAGAAGCUGCAGUGGAAUUGGGACGCAUAAUAGACCGUGGCUUGAGGGAAAGUAGAGCAGUUGAUAUGGAAUCACUCUGUGUUCUAGCUGGGAAAUUGGUUUGGGCAAUUCGUGUUGACCUUCAUAUUCUGGAUAAUGGAGGGAAUCUUGUUGAUGCAGCUAACAUUGCUGCCGUAGCUGCACUGUUGACAUUUCGAAGGCCUGAAUGUAGUUUAGGUGGAGAAGAUACUCAGAGCGUGAUAAUACACCAACCUGAGGUGAGAGAACCUAUUCCUCUAAUUGUCCACCAUCUUCCUAUAGCAGUAACCUUUGCCUUUUUCGAUGAUGGGGAAAUUUUGGUCAUAGACCCAACAUACAAGGAAGAAAUUAUAAUGGGAGGAAGGAUGACAGUAACAAUGAACACAAACGAGGAUGUUUGUGCUAUCCAAAAGCCUGGAGGACAAGGUGUUAAACAGAGCGAAAUCAUGCGCUGUUUGCGGCUUGCUUCUCAAAAAGCAACUGAUAUUACUGAUAAAAUAAAAAAGGCGGUAGAAGCAUAUGAUUUGGAAAGAGCUCAAAGAAAAAUCAGGCGUCACUCAUCUUCAAGUGCCCAAGCUGCCUGUGGAGCAGACAUCAAAAUGAGCAAGCAGGUUGUUGAUGUCACUCAGAAAAAGAUAGAUGGAUUCAAAAUACAGAGCAAGGAUCCCAUGAAUCAGGAAGAAGUUGAGAGUGACACUGAUCUUGAAAAUAGCAACACUAGAGGUGAAAAUAAUUCAUUUCAACAAGUUGAUGAGAUCCAUGGAAAAAUGAAGAGUGUUAAUCUUUUUACUGGUCGUCCUUCAAGUUGGCAUCCUUAUGGGAAAGGGAUUACCUCGUUAAGCACAUGUACAAGUUCUGUAGCAUUGUCCGCACCGCGUGCAAUGGAAGCAGAGAAGAAAGAUACAGUUGCCUUGGAAAGGCCUAAUGAAUCCAAGUUAGAGAAACCUUCUGUGGAGGCGACUGUUGAUGAUUCUCAUACCAAGGAAAUGUCUGCUUCAGUGCAACAGGUAAACCAGAAAAAGAGUCUUAAAGAUGCUGUGAAAGUUAAGUCCAGAAAGAAGAAGAAAGUAGCUUCAACUAUGGUUGGGGAGUAGAUAAUGCUCCUGGAUGGCGUUAUAAAAGCAACUUGCCUCCGGAGGUGUCAUUAGUUCAUGUAUGGAUGCGGGUUGUGCACGCGGUCAAUUUCUUUUUGGAGAAAUGGACAAGUAUUUGGGUGUCAAGAAUGUCGCUCGACUGGUGUAGCAUUGCAACGUUGCAAGAUUGGUAUCGGCGAUGCGUAAGUUGUUGCAUAUUGGCCAUCGCAGCAUGAGUUGGACAGCAUUGUGUAUGUCAUACAAGACAUGUCACGUGUCGUAGCUUGUUGCAUGUGCGUCAGAUGUCGACGACAUUGCACGUUGUGAUGUGAAGGACUUUGUGCGACCAAUUUGGCUUUAGAACUGAAGAGGUGACUUUGAAGGUAUGGAAUAGAGAAUAGAGCCACAAUCCAUCUACAAUCAGUUGCAAUGACUGGCCAUGUCAUCUUCAGUUACAAAUAUAUUGGAAGUACUCAUGUUCUCUCCAUAUAGUGCUCUUGAAUCUCUCUUUCGAGGUAGAGUUCAGCUAGAUAAUACUUUUCUCCACUUUCUCUCUAAAGAAAAGCUACUCUAAUGUUCUAGAUCUUGUUAUACUCAGGCUAUUGUGCAGGUAAGAUAAGUUUUCGAUCUUAUGUUUCAUAUAAUUCAAGAACAAAUGUGAAUACAAUAUUCUGGGUAAAAUGAUAGAAUCCACGAUGUAUCUA